AUUCUGAAAAAGAUGGUUUGGUUAUUGUAAAACAACCUUUGGAAUAGAAAGCAAUCUAGAUAGCUUGGUUUCCAACUAGGUUAGUCCUUUCAGUUAUUAAAACUAAUUGUACCAGUCUAUGAUAUUCUUUUAGUCUGUGAAAACCUAUACAUGAAAUGGCAGUAUCUGGAAUUAAUAAAAACUGGUAUAUAAAUGUACUCUAGUUGCAACAUGGCACUUUAGUGCCUAAAUUUAAUGAUAGGCAAAUCUAAUAAUUGCUUGAAAACCAAGAAACAAUGACUGGCAUUGCCUGCAGAAAUACCUAUUUUAUGAUUCCACUUCAUCCUUAAAAAAAUAUCAAGAGUACAGGACACAUUGCUGGGUUGAUUUUGUUUUGGCUCUAGUUAAAAAUAAACUUAUGCAUCACAAAUCUUACUUCCUUCACUGCUUUCUCCAGGAUAAUCCUCGUAACAGCUGUUAAAGACGACAAAAGAUACAAUUUAAAUACUGAAAUAUAUUUUACUGAUCAAGUAAAAUGGAUCCAUGUUCAAUUGGAAGUCAGCUGCAAGCUAGCAGUGAUUGUCAUAAAGCAUACUUUACCUCUCAAACUGGCUUCAAGACUAAGCAAGAUUUAUCAGCAACUGAUCUGUUACUUCUUCAGCUUAGAACUGGGAUAACUCUUUCAGAGGCUCAUACCAUCUGCUUCCAUCAUGCUAAAGUUUACCUUGAUAGAUACGAAGACUUGCAAAAGUCAUGUUGCGAUCCUUUUAAUAUGCACAAAAAACUCUCAAGGAAAAACUUGCGUGCAAUUGACAUAGAUGAUGUAUCUUUUCUAAGUGCCAAGUUUGGACGUCAAUUUAUACCAGGCUGGAAGCUUUGCCCCAAAUGUACACAGAUAAUAAGUGGAAAUGCAGAGGUUGACUCUGAAGACCGUCAACGAAGGAGACUUGAUUCAGACGGACGAACAACUAAGGCCUUGAAGUCCUUACAGUUUGCUAAUCCAGGACGGCAUACUGGAUUUGCUCCGGAAACAAACAAAAGAGAAAAAAGAAAGCUACAAACAAAAAACACAUCCGUUAAUUCAGACAGGCAAUUAAUAGCAGCAAAGAGCAAGGUAUAUGACAGCCAAGGCUUUCUGCUUUAUAGUGGGAUAGACCUGUGUGACUGCCUUGAUGAAGACUGCCUUGGGUGUUUCUAUGCCUGCUCCAAGUGCGGCUCCCGCAAGUGUGGACCUGAAUGCCGUUGUGAUCGCAAGUGGCUAUACGAGCAAAUUGAGAUAGAAGGAGGAGAAAUUAUUCGUAAUAAGCAUGCGAUAUAGCCUGUGCUCCACAUUUCAUUACUGAGUCACAGGAAGGUUGUUCAUGUAAUAAAACGUAAUCUGUUCAUAUUUUCAGUUAAGAUUCAGUGUUGUCCAAACAAGCAAUAAGUAAUGGGAAUUUAUAUCAUCUGACAAGAAAAAAGAAGGUUGUCUAAGCAUUUGUGGAUUAAUGGACAAACUAAUAAGAAUUGU